AUGCCGGAAGAUUUAAAAGUCAAGGGAUUUCCUGAUCUGUCGUCUAAGCUGUCCGCCCCCGCCAAGAAAUCUCUGUUCGAGCGCCAAAAAGCGGAAGCUGAAGCCAAACGUGCAAGAGAAAAAGCAGAAACCGAAGCUGUCUACGAGGAUUUUGUGAAAUCAUUUGAAAACGAUGGCGAUACGUCUACGCGCUCAAGCACUGGAGGGAGGACAAGUCCAUAUGGUCAUGGAGGCAGCGGGCACACAGGUGGCCCGAUCGCCCCUUCAAAAAGACAUUUCACAAGUAGCACGAUGAGAUCCGGAUCUGGGAAUCUGGGAGGAUCACAUCCUUUUGGUUCGAGAAAACGACCGUUCGAAGCGCUACAGGCAUCCCACAGGGACAGAGACCCGUCACAUGGCCUUUUCGCUUUUGAGACCCCUCCCCCGGCCCAUGUUGACGCCGCCGCAGCAUUUCAGACUUCUGAUGAUGAGGAUGACAAGCUCACAGACAAGAAAGAAGCGGAAAGAGCUGCAGCUAAGCCCACCCUUCAUCUAUCUUCGUUGCCGCCGGGAACGUCUCCGGCAGUUGUCAAGGCUCUUGUUUCACAUGCACUCGUUGUGGAUAAUGUUAAGAUCUUAUCGGCAAGCGCCCAAGGAGCUGGAGAACGAAGGAUAUGGUCUGCAAUUGUGACAUUGGCAAAAGGAACAGCUGCUACUGAGAUGGAUACUGUCGUUAGCUCAUUGCAGAAUAAAUAUCUGGGAUGGGGUUACUAUCUGUCAAUAUCACGACACCUUUCAUCAGCCGCCAUCAACUCCACCAUGCCAGUGGUAACCGGGUUAACUUCUUCCACUUCCCAGCCAUUCGGAGCACGUCCAACAAAUCAGGGCCCGGGAGGUCAUUUUGGUCGUGGUGGAACUCCUGGUGGUCAUCGUGGUGGCUUUGCGCCACCGUCGUCUUACGGGCCAGGUUAUGGUGGGAGGGCUGGAUCUAGUCUGCAAGUUGAGGUUAAACCUCCAUCUGACCUGAAGCAGCUAAAACUCAUCCAUAAAACUUUGGAAAAUCUCUUAACUUAUGGUCCUGAGUUUGAGGCACUUCUUAUGAGCAGAGCGGAAGUACAAAAGGACGAGAAAUGGGCUUGGAUAUGGGACUCAAGGAGUCCGGGUGGAGUGUGGUACAGAUGGAAGUUAUGGGAUAUCUUAACGGGCGCAAGAAGAACUAGGAAGAGACACUCACGAAUGCGACCUUCUCCUAUUUCUGUUUUCGAAAGUGGACCAGUUUGGAUACCCCCAGAGAAGCAUCUACAGUUUGAGUAUGUUACGAAAAUGGAAGAGUUUGUAUCCGACGAAGAUUACGAUUCUUCAGAUGAGGAUGAUUCAGACAGGGAGGAUGAAAGACGUCUUGAUGGCGGAACUUUAGAAGGUAAUAGUGAUGGUAUUGGUCACUUAAAUCCCCUCCAGAAAGCAAAGCUCGCACAUUUGCUUGCAAAACUCCCUACUACAAAUUCGAAGUUGCGAAGGGGCGAUGUCGCUCGCGUCACCUCAUUUGCGAUUCACCAUGCUGGACACGGCGCUGAUGAAGUUGUGGACAUGAUCGCUUCUAACAUUACCAAACCACUUGCUUUUACUAGCGCUAACCCGGAACGCCAACGACGGGAGACGGAGCUUCGUGGCGGUAAACCUGAGGAGGGUGAUGAGGCGAACACGGAGCAAGACAACCAAAUUAUCCCAUCUUCCACGAAGCCAUCAAAAGAAAUUUUAGAUACUUCGUCUGCUAAGCUGAUAGGCUUGUACGUAAUCUCUGACAUCCUCUCCUCGUCAUCUACAAGCGGGGUGCGGCAUGCCUGGAGGUAUCGGCAACUAUUUGAAUCAGCCCUAAAAUCACACAAAACCUUUGAGCAUCUUGGACGCUUGGAGAAGGAGUUGGCUUGGGGUCGGCUGAAGAUCGAAAAAUGGAGGAGAAGUAUUGGCAGCCUUCUAUCUCUAUGGGAAGGCUGGUGUGUUUUCCCUCAGUCAAGCCAAGAAACAUUUUGUUCAGAACAGAAGCGUGCAGAAGCGGAGAAAUCUACAAGUGUUUUUGGUAGCAAAGGAAAGAGUAGAUGGAGAACGGUUGACGAAGAGAGCAAUACAGCACCCGCAGAUACCGGAAGCGGUUUGGAAAGCGAGAAAAUGGACAUUGAUGUUGAUGAUGAUGGGGUGCCGAUGCCCGAUGACGAUGAUGUUGAUGGGGAGCCUAUGGAUGACGACAUCGAUGGCAUUCCGAUGGAGGAUAGUGAUGUGGAGGACCUGGAUGGUAAGCUGGAUGAGAAUGGUAUGGACGAGAGCGAACCACCCAGUGCGGCAGGGGGCGUAACUUCUCACGCGUCGGGCGACAAUGCAGUUACCGAAGCCCCUCUUAAUAAGCCACCUGAGACUGAGCGCCAACCAGCUCCUCGACGUCGUCGACCCAAAGCGGAAGACAUGUUUGCGGAUUCAGAUUCCAACUGA